AUGACCGCAAAAUUACAUCCGAGACAUCACUUCCGCAAAAAGUCAAACUCCAUCUCGAACGGAGUUCUUCAACAUGCUCGCUCCAUCAACAAGAAGGUGUCGUUUUCCAAGUUCGCCCACACCAACUCGAGCCAAGUAUUCACAUCCUCGGCUUCCUCUUCCGGGGCCUCCUCACGAAACUCGAGCGAUCUGGAAGACGAUGACGACGAUGAUGAAGAUACUCACAAUCCCGCAAAUAUCACCAACUCAUCUCAUCCCAACCCUAGUGCGAAUCCUGGUCCGCAUCCAGCCCAUUUCCUAAUCUCUAACUUCAAGAAAAACUACGCCUUGAGAAAGCUUUCUUCAUAUCCCUACGCUGGCGAGAGAAUGGGAGUUUCCAAAUCCUUGGACUCUCAACUUCUCGAAAGCAGAGAUUCGUCCAAUGUCAACUUACCCGAGUUCAACAAACGUCCGUUAACAGACACGCCUAUCGUUUCCAGUAUGGCGUCGCCAGAAACACGUGAACAAUCCAGUGAUGAUGAAGAUGAAGAUGAAUCUCACGAGGAUCCCAUGAAAAAGGUUAAGGAAGAGCUCAAAAACAUCCAGAAAAAUAUCUCCGAUCUCAACUUGGCAGAUAUGAACCCUAAUGUAGAUUUAGAAAAAUUAAAAGACCCAGAAGAAGAUUCGAACAAACUGAAGAAUCUAGAAUCUAAUACUCUCAAGCCGGCCGUGAUACCUGCUUCUGUAUCCAAAUCUGAACAGAGUGGUACACCCUCACCCAUGGCAGGCAUGGCUCCGUUGUCGAAAAAGAUCCUGUUGAACGAGGAACUUAGAUCCAAUUUACUACAGGAUCUACCUUUAGAGCUCCAGGAGCAAUUCGAAAAGACUCCGUCAAUAGAGAAGCUCAAGUCGUUGUUACUCACCAAACCUCCUCCAAGUGCCAGAAAGACAUACACUUUGAACAUUCCUGGCCAGACUUCUUCAAAGACUUCACCAGAUGGAAAGAUUGCCUCCGUAGAUAUAGGCUCUAAGCUCGUGAUUGUCAUGGUGGGGCUUCCAGCUCGUGGUAAGAGUUACAUCACUAACAAACUUACCAGAUACUUGAACUGGUUGCAACAUGAUUGCCGAGUUUUCAAUGUAGGAAACACGCGAAGAAAGGAUAAGAACAAUGCCGGUCCAGAGAAGAAGCCAUUGCCUGAUGCAGUUACUCCAACAAACCAGCCAUCUUCCCCUUCGCAGCACAAUGCAGACUUCUUUAGUCCAGACAACAAGUCUUCCAACGCUCUCAGAGAGAAGUGGGCUAUGGACACUUUAGACAACUUAUUGGACUACAUUGUCGAUGGGCCCGGUUCAGUUGGUAUAUUUGAUGCCACAAACUCCACCAAAAGUCGUCGUUUGCAUGUUCUUAAGAGAAUCAAUGAACGGACCAAUGGUGAGUUAAAGGUGUUGUAUCUAGAAAGUAUUUGUAGUGACCCUGCAAUCAUAGAAAGCAAUAUCAGAUUGAAGUUGCUGGGCCCAGACUACAGAGACAUGGACCCUGAGGUAGCCCUUAAGGACUUUGUUGGUAGAUUACACAACUACGAAAAGGCAUAUGAGACUAUUGAUGAAGAAGAAGAAAAGAUUCCACAGUUUCAAUAUGUCAAGAUGAUUGACGUGGGCAAAAAGGUAGUCAGUUACAACAUCAAGGGCUUCUUGGCUUCGCAGACAAUCUACUUUCUCUUGAACUUCAACCUCUGUGAACGUCAAAUCUGGAUCACCAGACAUGGUGAGAGUAUUGAUAACUUGAGAGGCAGAAUUGGUGGUGAUUCCAAGUUGACUAAGCGUGGCCAGAAGUUCUCCAAGGCUUUAGCCAAGUUUAUGGUGGAACAGAGAAAGAAGUUCAGGGAGCUCCAGUUGGAAAGAUUCUCCACCAGGUUGGAGUUGAAGUAUAAUACUCUUUUCAGCGAAGAUGAUGUGGCUUCUCUAGACAACAUUCCUACUGAGCCGAACUUCUGUGUAUGGACGUCGAUGCUUUUCCGUGCCGUAGAAACAGGAGCUUAUUUCAACGAGCAAGUGUUCUCUGUCAAGCAGAUGAGAAUGUUGAACGAGUUGGGUGGUGGUAAGUUUGAAGGUAUGACUUACGACGAGAUCCAGCGUAGGUACCCUAAGGAGUUUGAUGCCAGAAUCCACGAUAAGUUAUCCUAUAGAUAUCCUGGUGUUGGAGGAGAGUCGUACUUGGACGUUUUGACGAGAUUGCGUCCGCUUAUUACCGAAAUUGAACGUACUACUGAUCAUUUACUCAUCAUUGCUCAUCGCGUGGUGUUGAGAAUCUUGCUAGCCUACUUCUUAAAUUUGGAAAAGUCUGCGAUUGGUGAGUUGGAUGUGCCUUUGCACACAUUGUACUGUCUUGAGCUGAAGCCUUAUGGAACAGAUUAUAGAAUGUACGAAUACGACGAGAAUCUCGACUGGUUCGUACAAGUUCAGCCCGAACAUCAAAAGAACAUCAAAGAGGUUGGUGUGGUUUUCAGAGAAAGAAAGUACAGUGUGGUUCCAACUGCUCCUCCAACUUCUGCUGCUGCCAGAAGAGCCAGUACCUUGCGCAACAGAACUGUCAGUACCAACUAUGGCCCUGUAUCAGGAAAGCUCGAUGUCAACAACUUCAGUAUACGUCGAAGCUUGAGCUUUGGCUCUAAUCAACCUACAAUUAAUGAAACUGGCUAG